CCGACUCUCAAAUAUUGCUCGUCACUUUGCGAAUGUCCGUCUGAAUUUUUGUGUCCUGACUCUUGAGUACCUAGCUUAUGACUCUUACUUAUCAAGAUUUAUCCAGAUCAUAAUCAUCCAACCGUUCUCUGAUCCUGCCUCCUCCACUCUCUCGUUCAUCUCUGUGCCACAAUCAUCAUCUCAUCUGUCAACUGUUGCGACAAACCUUUUUUUUAUCGUCAUCUCACCAUCAACCUGCCCCUUGCGCAAUAUACACAGCGCUCCUUAAAUAUUCCACCGAGACCGUGUCUUAUCUUCGCCUCUGAUUAGGCCGGUCUGGCAAUCACUCUUAUCAGUCAAUUCGUCAGCUGUUCGUCCACGAAUUUGCAACCAUGGACCCCUCACCAUCUCGCGAGCUCAAGGACACCCGCGCAACCAGCUCAACUAGUCUUAACAGUGCUGCCUCGGGUUCUUCAUCGUCUCAGAAGCCACCUACUCUUUCCCAGCGAUCUCCUUCAGUUUCUAUAUCCGCCGGUUCUGGGCCAAGCUCCAUUUCCGCCCAUCGCCAGAGCUUCGCCGAGAACCUGCGAAAUGCGCCAUCUUCACCACGAUCCCAGCGACAUCCUUCUUUCACACAGGCUGCUCUCCAGGAGCUUCUGAGCCAUCCUCCAGCCGGGAACAAGCACGCAAACCCCAAAUUUGCUGGCCGCGAUUGGCGAGAUGUAUCUAUUGGAGAGCUUGUGUCUCCAGACGACAUAAAGUGGGUGGAGUUUGACACUAGCGUCGAGGAAGCUACCAAGGCACUUCUUAAAAGCCACACAAAUGUUGUGCUGGUGCGCGAGGAUGCUUCUACUCAUACCGCCGUCUCCACAUUCGAUUACACCGACUUGAACGUAUACUUGCUUGUCGUUGUCGGCUUGGCCAAGCCAGAGGACGAUCAAGUUGAACUUUUCAACUCGAUCUUGGCCAAAGCUCAGGAAGGUGGCCAGAUUCCUUUACGAGAUGUUUUUCCCUUGUUCCGUAAGGAAUCCCUUGUUGCGUUACCCAGCGAAGAGAAGCUUGCCCAAGCCAUUCAGAUUCUAGGUAGUGGCAUUCACCGUCUCAUGGUGACAGCCACUAGUGGCGAAGUCGUUGGCAUUGCAAGCCAACUUCGAAUUGUUGAGUUCUUCUGGAAUGAGGGCGUCAAUUUCCCCUCUAUCGAUCGGCUGUACCCUGCUAUGCUUCGUGAUUUAGGUGUAGGCACCAAGGACAUCGUCUCUGUCAACUCUGAUGCACCAUUGUCAGAAGCCCUUACACUUAUGCACAAUGAAGGCCUCACAAGUGUGGCUGUUGUUGAUAAUGGCCUGAAUGUUGUUGGCAAUAUUUCGACCAAAGAUGUUCGGCACUUGACCAAGAGUUCCAACGCUCACCUGCUCAACUCAUCGUGCAUGAAUUUCAUCUCGGUGAUUCUUAACGAGCGAGGAGUCGAACAUGGGCGCGACGCUUUCCCCGUGUUCUACGUCAACCCGUACUCGACGCUAGCCCAUACUGUCGCCAAGCUUGUCGCGACUCGAUCGCACAGGAUGUGGGUAGUCGAGUCGGCAUCACCAUCGCCUUCGGCUCCUGCUACUCCCCUAAUGGGGCCUCAAUCUUUUACGACCCCGACGCAUCCACCUCCGGCUACGCUUGCAUCAACAUCCACUCAUGCUGCACCUCCAUCACCUGUGCCUACUGCUGCCGUGCCAGCGUCACCAGUCCCUACUGCUGCUGUACCAGCAUCUGCCAUGGCAGGUGCUCGUCUGUCGGGCAGACUCACCGGUGUCAUCUCACUGACCGACGUCCUGAACAUGUUUGCAAAGUCAACGGGCCUACACCCUGCUGAUCCAAACGAGGAGCGGGCGCGGCGAAGGCGAAGCUCAAGCAGCUCAGUGCGGCCCAGCAUCGACUCACACCGAGCAAGUAUUGACUUCCGGCGAUGAUAAAAACGCAGCAUGGCAAAAACAUAAUCCGUUGCGUAGUCUUCGCCGAACGAUGUCUGCGGUCAGCGACAAGUCAUUAGUCACGGAUGGAGAGAUGAUGAGACAUGGGUCGAACUUGAUGCUCAUUCAUAUAAAAAUGGCAAAGACUCGGUCUGUAAAUGGAUUAUGCCUAAGAGUGCAGGCCUUCUUAUAUGGAGUAUGGCCGGGUUAUAAUUAUAGUUACGUUUUCCACAUAUUGACAUUGUCCCUGUUCACAAUAUUGCGCCGUUGAGCAGAGAGGGAGAGGCUUUCAGUGGCAGAUAUUUGGGUGAUAGGUUACACAUGAACUUUGGCAGCAUCCAUGGUAUGGCAAGUCGGGAUGAAUUCUGACAAAUCUCCGCUCCA